GAAAAAAUCAAAAUUUAAAAUGUCAAGCCAAAAGCCAGAAGAAUACCUUGAAAAUCAGAAUAUUCGUAAAGAGUUAGCAGAGGCAAUAAACCUAGUGUUAGAAAAUCGACCUGAGAACCCAUUAUUCUUCAUUUACAACUAUUUCACAACACACUUGGACAACUCAACGUCUUCACUUGGGAAGGCAUACAACAUCCUAACAAUGAACAGGAACGAAAAUUUGAAUAGCAUGACUAUCUUCGAAGCAUACCAACUAAUCAAUGCCAAUCAGGAUAACUCUGAGAUAAAGAAGUUAGUCCAGAUGUUGAUGAGUGACUAUCCCCAGUCAAUUAUCUUUCCUAAUGAUAAAGUAACAAUAUUUAGAAUCCCUGAGGACAAAGCACUGGAUUUCAACCAAUUCGAGGCCCUUAUUAGAAGCAUCAACAUGUUCCAGACAUAUCUCGAUGAGCUCGAGGGCAUAUUUAAGCAUCUUGAUUAUAAGAAUACAGGCAAGGUCUCAAAGGAAGAGCUCUUCCUUGCAAUUGAGAAGUUAUAGAGACUGUUAACUCUUCAGAAAGUCCAGACUUUAUUCCACUAAAAAUACCUACAGCAGCAGAACUUUCUAACGUCUGAGACGGUGUCAAACAAGCUGAUGGUGAUUAUUACACCUAUGACGAGUUCUUACAGAUUUUAAUGAAUAUUUAUAACCUUGAUGAUAGUGAUGAUGAUGAAGAUUAAGCCAUCAAAGAUAAUUUCAAUUUAAUGAUUUAAAUA